GCUUGGUCUGCAAUGGGACUAUUAUAUAUAUCAGGUAUCAAGCAGGAUUCUACAACCAUCUCAACCUUCUCCAACAUCCGACAUCUACCUCCUGAGAGUUUCUUUCGUACCUAAACCACCCAAACUUACACAACUUCCAACAAAACAAACCUCAAUAUGGUUACUACAACUUGUUGCAGAAAGAGCGAGGGAGCCAACUGUGUAUGUGCUUCCCAGGCAAAGUGCUCUUGCGGCGAGAAAUCAGCCCUCAAUUGCUCGUGCGAUAAGGCUUCUACUGAGAACACUGUUGCUGGCCCACGAUGCUCCUGCCGUAAGUUCUUCCUGCUCAUCCACAGCUUGCUCAUUGUACAAAAACAUUUAUAUUUACCCAUUUAAUAGGUGCUCGUCCUGCCGGAAGCUGUACCUGCGAUAGAGCCUCCACAGAGAACGCAAAGCCGUCUGGUGACCUCUGCGAUUGUGGAUCUCGCCCAGCCAGUAAGUUUAUAGAUAAACUCCUGAUUUAACUGCAACGAGACUAACAAUCAUGAUAGCUGCCUGCACCUGCGAAAAGGCUGCGGACGGUGGACUUUUCCCAACAGAGACCGACUUCACCCAUGCCUAAACCAUUGCGAGCCAAGACCAAGACACGAUAGGUGGACCCUUGCAAUACGAACGUAAUGGGCAGUUUUUGGAUGGACAUAUUCUGGAAAACAGUCUCUCUCCUCCAACGAUAUCCUCUAUACGCCUUGGCAAUUCUCAUACUUUUCUGUUCUCUGGUCAUCAUUCUGGUAUCUGUGGACGAAGAGCGGAACUGGAAGUGGUACAUAUUGUUUUCCUUUCGAUGCUUGCGCCGGUUCUUGUACGAGUUGCAUCUUAAUACUCUUCUGGGUAUGCUUCCUAGCAAGGUGGAGCCUUUGGCGUUUCUGAACAGUGUUGUUUAUUUGCGUGGUAAAUAUUCCACUGGGGCGUUUAGGGGAUCUUUGACAGAAGCUGCAUCGGAGGAGGCUCUGAGUAAGGGACUUAUGAGUAAACGGGUGCUUAAGGGAAAGCGUUUACCUAGCGAGUCUACUGGUGGCAAGG